AUGGUUAAUUGCUCUUGGAGUGAAGCGUUCCCAAUGGGGAGGAGCUGUUACCUACGCUUUGAGGGAUCCGAUCACAGACCUCUCAUCACAUAUUUCAACAACUCGAGGACACAGAAGAAAGGUCUGUUCAGGUUUAAUCGCUCGCUUACAGAGAAAUCUGAGGUGGAGACAGUCGUCGAAUCAGCAUGGAACCACGCCCCCCUUGACUCAGUUAUUAUGAAGUUGAACUCUUGUCGCAGAGGCAUAAUUAAGUGGACAAAAGAGCAGAACAAGAAGGCAAAUAUCAUCAUCCAGCAGAAGCAGGAAGCUCUCGAGGUUGCUCUAUGCGCAGGAACUCCAGACCAGGCAGCGAUUGAGAGUCUCACAAACACCCUGAUCCUUGCUUACCGAGAAGAAGAGCAAUUCUGGUUACAACGCAGCAGGAUUCAAUGGCUAAAGAGUGGUGAUCGAAACACCGGUUUCUUCCACGCUGCUACACGGCAGAGACGGUUGCAAAAUACACUUUCUGUUAUUGAAGAUGAUGAUGAUAAAGAGUAUUUUAACGAGGAUCAAAUUUGCUCUGUAAUCUCAGCAUAUUUCAAUAACAUUUUCAGCUCCAAUGGGAAUCACGAUUUCAGUAGACUCGAUAGCCUCCUUAGCUGCAAAGUGACAGACGAAAUGAAUCAACACCUUACCGGUAUACCGAGUGAUUCGGAAAUCAGAGAAGCAGCUUUCUCGAUAAACGGUGGCAAAGCACCAGGCCCGGACGGGUUCUCCGCAAAGUUUUACCAUGCGUACUGGCACAUUAUUGGCCCAGAUGUCACUAGAGAUGUUCGUCACUUCUUCACCUCUGGUACACUACAUCCGCAGCAGAAUGAAACGCAUGUCCGCCUCAUACCAAAGACUACGGGUGCGCGCAAGGUUUCCGACUAUCGCCCGAUUGCUCUAUGCAAUACACACUACAAGAUUAUUGCAAAGAUCUUGACUAGACGACUGAAACCACUUCUUCCAGCGCUCAUCUCCAAAACCCAAUCGGCUUUUGUAACAGGGCGAGCUAUAGGCGACAAUGUACUCAUCACUCACGAAACCCUUCAUUAUCUACGUACCUCAGAGGCGAAGAAGUACUGCUCGAUGGCGGUCAAAACCGACAUGAGUAAAGCAUACGAUAGGAUUGAAUGGGGGUUUUUACGAGCUGUCCUCGACCGAAUGGGAUUUGCGCAGAUUUGGAUCGGUUGGAUCAUGAGUUGUGUGGAAUCAGUUUCCUACUCCUUUCUCAUUAACGGUUCCCCUAUGGGGUCCGUCAAGCCAUCCCGUGGAAUACGGCAAGGAGACCCGCUAUCUCCAUAUCUUUUCAUACUGUGUACAGAGGUACUUUCAGCCAUGUGCGAGAAGGCUCAGCAGGACGGCUCUCUCGCUGGUAUACGGGUGGCAAGGGGAAGCCCGUUCAUCAAUCACCUCCUCUUUGCCGAUGACACCAUGUUCUUAUGUCGCUCUAGUGCUCCCAGCGUUAAUGCUCUUCUCCGCAUCCUCAGAUCCUAUGAAGAGCUAUCGGGACAGAGAAUUAACUUCUUGAAGUCAGCCACUACUUUUUCUGCAAAAACGCCGGCUGAGGUUAAAGCUCGGGUUAAAACCACGCUUGGUAUCGAGGCUGAAGGAGGACUCGGGAAAUAUCUCGGACUCCCCGAGCACUUUGGAAGAAAAAAGAGGGACAUUUUCGCUUCGAUUCUUGACCGUAUCCGCCAGAAAGCUCAUAGCUGGACCUCUCGCUUUCUCUCCGGAGCCGGGAAACAAGUUUUGUUGCGAGCAGUCCUCUCUGCUAUGCCAAAUUACUCCAUGUCCUGUUUCAAACUUCCCGUCUCUCUAUGCAAGCAAAUCCAGUCGCUACUAACUAGAUUCUGGUGGGACGCCAACCCGGAAACAAGAAAGAUGUGUUGGGUGGCUUGGUCUACUCUGACAUUAGCAAAGUACGCAGGAGGAUUGGGAUUUCGGGACAUUGAGACUUUCAACGAUGCUCUACUCGCAAAGAUAGGUUGGCGAUUGUUAAAGGAUCCUCAGUCGCUCCUCGGGCAAGUACUGUUGGGAAAGUAUGCGAGAAACAACUUCUUCCUUGAUUGUCAAGCCCCGUCAAAUGCUUCUCAUGGAUGGCGUAGCGUCUUAGCUGGACGGGAGAUACUUCUGAAAGGUCUCAGCUGGGCAGUGGGAAGUGGAGAUAAAAUUAAAAUCUGGAAGGACCCUUGGCUGUCGUGUGAAGCUCCUAUGCUCCCGAUAGGGCCACCUACUGAGGCUGAUGCGGAACGCACUGUGAGUGACUUACUAUGCCCCAUAUCCAACUGUUGGGACAUAGAUAAGAUUAGAAGCCUCCUCCCUCAGUAUGAGGAAGUCAUUAUGCGCAUAGUCACUAGUUCAGCCCCUGCUCCGGACUGUCUUGUCUGGCUCCCGGAAAGAUCAGGCAACUACUCUACCAAGACAGGCUACGGACUAGGAAUGGAGCCCCAUUUUGCUGCUGGUGCACUCUCUAUUCCCUUCAAUUGGAAUAAAUGCAUAUGGAACAUUAAAACAUCUCCAAAAAUCAAAGAUUUCCUCUGGAAACUGGUGCGGAAAGCCAUCCCUGUCAGCUCAAACUUAGCUCGCCGUGGCAUCCCUGCUUUUAACUGUAAGAGAUGUGAUUGUGUUGAGGAUGAUCUACAUGUUUUCUUGCUAUGUUCGAUUGCUGAGCAGGUAUGGGAGGCAGCACCGCUAGCUAACAAACCUCUGUCUACAACUCCUUCAAUGGCGGACCUCAUCGCAGCGGCGUCUAACCUCACUGUUCUUCCUCCGGUGGGACUCUCGACUCCAUUAUGGCCCUGGAUUCUCUGGCAGCUGUGGAAGGCCAGAAACAAGUUGUGCUUUGAAAAUAAAGCUUUUUCCAGUAUGGAAAUUAUCUCUAAGGCUCUGGCGCAUGCGAAGGAGUGGGAAAAAGCGCAGGAACUGGAGAAACCAUUGCUCGCUCCAGGUGUUUUGGAUCACACUCGGAACCCUCCCAGGCGCGAACCUAGGCCUUCAAGCGACACUGUUCUGUGUAAUGUUGAUGCAGCCUGGGAUGCAAGAACCUUGAAUUGUGGAAUAGGGGGAAUCUUCUCGGGUCAGGAGCAUAUCCCGAAGCUUGUCAACAUCUCCGCCUCCAGACGCUUUGUUUCUUCGGCAAUCAUGGCUGAGGCCAUUGCCAUUCGUUCAGCAGUGCUAUAUGCUGCUUCCUCAAAUGUUAAGUCCCUUAUGAUCAGGAGUGACUCUCAAUCCCUUGUGAAGAUGCUGAGGGGAAGAGACUCAUCACCAGCCUUGUUUGGGAUUUUAUUUGAUAUCUAUUAUUUUAGUUCUUCCUUUGAUGCAAUUUCUUUUGUUUAUGUUCCUCGUUUGAGUAAUAUGCAGGCUGAUUCAGUGGCAAAAUCAGCCCUUCUAUUGCUAAACUCUUCCUCCAUUAGAGGAGUGUAA